CCCCGCCCCACGGAGCUCCACGCGGUGGCCGGAGCCCUGGCUGGCUCAGUAGCCUCACGCGGGGGCGCUGCAGCCGGGUCUCGCGGAGGUCGAGCAGAGGCCUUGAGGCAGUGGGUCGUGAAUAUACUGGGUCGUGAAUAUGUUCAGCUUUACUAGCAUGGAUCCUGACGGCUCUGAGCAAGAUCCUGAAAUGAAGAAAUAUUCUUCUGUCUGUGUUGGCAGAGAAGAAGAUAUUAAAAAAUCUGAAAGAAUGACAGCUGUUGUCCAUGAUAGAGAAGUGGUCAUUUUCUACCACAGAGGAGAAUAUCAUGCUAUGGAUAUUCGCUGUUACCACUCAGGAGGACCUUUACAUUUAGGAGAAAUAGAGGAAUUUGAUGGACGACCAUGUAUAGUUUGCCCCUGGCAUAAAUACAAAAUUACUUUGGCCACAGGAGAAGGACUGUAUCAGUCUAUAAACCCUAAAGAUCCAUCAGCAAAACCCAAGUGGUGCUCCAAAGGAAUAAAGCAAAGGAUUCACACAGUGACAGUGGACAAUGGGAAUAUUUAUGUGACUCUUUCUAAUGAGCCUUUUAAGUGUGACUCUGAUUUUUAUGCCACUGGAGUCUUCAAAGUAAUUCAGAGUUCUUUCUGAUAAAAUUUUAUGGCAAUGAAAAAUGUUGUGUAUGUUUUGAAAGUAUUUUUAGAAUAACCUUGCUUCAAUACCAAAGAUGAUUAACUUUUUCCAAAAGAGGCACAUUUAUUAUCUUUAACAAUCAUAUAAAUGAAAGGUUCAAAAGCACAUGUACUUAGUGUGAUGUCAGGAUCAUCAUCAGGAUCUACAGAAUACACUUCAGCCAAUCCUCUGGAUUGAUUGGAACCUGAAGGUUAUAGGUUUAGAAUAUGCAUUUUAAGAAGGAUGAAAAUAAUUUAGAAUAACCAAAGUGAAGAAAGGUUAAAAAAAUUAGAUCUACUAAGAAAAAUUUAGGGGGAAAAUCCCGACUUGAUAUAGCAGACUUUAUCAUGGAAAAAUUUUAAUGUAUACAAAGUAAACAGAAUAAUAAACCUCCACCACCCACCUUCAACAAUUACCAGCUUUCUUCCAUUCUUGUUUCAUUGAUGCAUGUAUUCAUCACCUCCCCUACUGAUCGUUAUAAUUUUUUUUAGGUAAAAUUUAAACACACUGAAAUGCUUAAAUCUUAACUGUUCAGUUUUUCCGAAUAUAUAGCAGACCAUUUAUACUUAAAAAAUACCUCCCAAAAUGGGAUCAGUUUACAUGCUGAAUUUAAAAACAAGAAACUUAAUUUGCCUGACAUCAAAACCAAGUAAACUCUGGCUCCGUUUCUCUCCAGUCAAGGCAGUUUCAAAGUAAGGAAGAUACAGCUGCUCCCCAGCCAUACGAGAUGUGAAAGUUUCAGCGAGCCAAGGUACUUUGAAUGCCUAUAUGAAAUUUUCAAAUAAAGUUUUUUUUAAUUUUA